AUGGCAGACAGCAACAAUCCUCCAAUGUCAUCCUACAUUAUGGAUGAGGAAACUCUGAAGAGGAAGCAGAAGGAGAAGCUGAAGAAGCUAAUGGCUACAGGGGGCAACCCUCGGCCAGCACGUUCCCUCUUCUUCCUGACACUGAAGAACCCAUUCCGCAAGGCCUGCAUCAGCAUUGUGGAGUGGAAACCUUUUGAAAUCAUCAUCUUAUUGGCAAUUUUCGCUAACUGUGUGGCCCUGGCUGUGUACUUGCCCAUGCCAGAGGAGGACAGCAACAACACCAACAGCAACCUGGAGAGUCUGGAGUACAUCUUCCUCAUCAUCUUCUCUAUAGAGUGUUUCCUGAAGAUUGUGGCAUAUGGAUUUCUCUUCCAUGCAGAUGCUUAUCUAAGAAAUUGUUGGAACAUAUUGGAUUUUGUUUGUGUAUCUGUUGGGCUGUUCACUGUGGUUGUGGAUGCCAUCAAUCACAUCAGUGGUGUGGAGGCUCCAGUGGGAGAAAAAGGUGGAGGAGGUUUUGACAUGAAAGCCCUCCGAGCCUUCAGAGUCCUCCGACCCCUCAGGCUGGUCUCUGGAGUCCCCAGCCUGCAAGUGGUGAUGAACUCCAUCCUGAAGUCCAUGCUACCUCUGUUCCACAUCACCCUACUGGUCCUCUUCAUGGUCACCAUAUACUCCAUUAUGGGUCUGGAGCUCUUCAAGUGCAAAAUGCACAAGACCUGCUACUACACAGGCACAAAUAUCAUUGCCACUGUGGAGAAUGAGAAACCGGCUCCAUGUGCUCAAGCAGGGAACGGCCGGCGUUGUACCAUCAAUGGCACAGAAUGUCGAGCUGGCUGGCCGGGACCAAACCAUGGCAUUACCCAUUUUGACAACCUGGGCUUCUCUAUGCUGACUGUGUACCAGUGUAUCACCACACAAGGCUGGACUGAUGUCCUGUACUGGGUUAAUGACGCUAUAGGAAUGGAGUGGCCAUGGAUUUUUUUUACCACACUGAUCCUGGUUGGCUCCUUCUUUGUCCUCAACCUGGUUCUGGGCGUACUCAGUGGUGAGUUCACUAAGGAGCGAGAGAAGGCCAAAUCCCGUGGAGAGUUCCAGAAGCUGAGAGAAACCCAGCAGCUGGAUGAGGACCUCAAGGGCUAUAUGGAGUGGAUCACCCAAGCAGAGGUCAUGGACAAUGACCAGGAGGGACAGGGCCUGCUGCCCCUGGAGGAUGGAGGCUCAGACACAGGGAGUGUUAGCAAAAUGGACACCAUGCAGCGGAUUACCUACUACUAUAAGCAGGCUCGUAAGUGGAACCGAUUUUUUCGGCGGAAGUGUCGUGUGUAUGUUAAGUCCAGGCUGUUCUACUGGUGGGUGAUCUUGCUGGUCUUCCUCAACACGCUGGCCAUUGCUACUGAACACCAUCAGCAGUCCCAGAGGCUCACCAACUGGCAAGACAAUGCCAAUAAGCUGCUGCUGUCUAUGUUCACCAUCGAGAUGUUCAUGAAGAUGUACGCAUUGGGGCUGCCUUCUUACUUCAUGUCACUCUUCAACCGCUUUGACUGCUUUGUGGUGUCCACUGGCAUUCUGGAGCUCAUCCUGGUUGAUAUGGAUGUCAUGUCAGUCAUGGGCAUCUCUGUACUGCGCUGCAUUCGACUGCUGCGCCUGCUCAAAGUCACCAAAUACUGGACAUCUCUUAGUAACCUCGUAGCUUCCCUCUUGAACUCGGUGCGUUCCAUCGCCUGCUUGUUGCUCCUCCUCUUCCUCUUCAUCGUCAUCUUCUCCCUGCUGGGGAUGCAGGUGUUUGGAGGGAAGUUCAACUUUCCUAACCAGCCCAAACCCCGUAGCACCUUUGACAAUUUCCCUCAAGCCCUCAUCAGUGUAUUCCAGAUUCUGACAGGUGAGGACUGGAACACAGUGAUGUAUGAUGGCAUCAUGGCUCAUGGAGGACCCAACAUGCCUGGUAUCCUGGUCAGCAUCUACUUCAUCAUCCUGUUUGUCUGUGGAAACUUCAUCCUGCUGAACGUCUUUCUGGCCAUUGCUGUUGAUAACUUGGCUGAGGCAGAGUCUUUGACUUCAGCACAGAAGGAGAAAGCAGAGGAAAAAAAACGCAAGAAAGAACUCAGGGCCAACAUGCCUGACAAGGCAGCUGAGGAGAAAGCACUUCUGGCCAAGAAGUUGGCUGAGCAAAGAGCCAAGGGCAUAGAAGGCAUCCCUACUACUGCCAAGCUCAAAAUAGACGAGUUUGAGUCGAAUGUGAAUGAGAUCAAAGACCCCUUUCCUCCUGCAGACUUCCCUGGUGAUGAUGAGGAGGAGGACCCUGAUAUCCCAGAAAGCCCGAGACCUCGUCCAAUGGCAGACCUGCAGUUGAAAGAAGAGGCGGUGCCAAUGCCAGAAGCCAGCUCAUUUUUCAUAUUUGGUCCUCAGAACAAGUUUCGUAAGCUCUGCCAUCGCAUAAUCAAUGCGACAACUUUCACCAACAUCAUCCUCCUGUUCAUCCUCCUGUCCUCCAUCUCUCUGGCUGCAGAGGAUCCUAUCGACCCCAUGUCCUUCAGGAACCAGGUGUUGGCCUAUGCUGAUAUAGUCUUCACUUCCGUGUUCACAGCAGAGAUUGUACUCAAGAUGACCACAUAUGGUGCCAUUCUUCAUCAGGGUUCUUUCUGUCGGAACUCUUUCAACAUCCUGGACCUUCUCGUGGUCAGUGUAUCCCUCCUCUCAAUGGGCAUGGAAUCCAGCGCUAUCUCUGUGGUCAAGAUUCUCAGGGUGUUAAGGGUACUCCGGCCCCUCAGGGCCAUCAAUAGAGCAAAGGGACUCAAGCACGUGGUCCAGUGUGUGUUUGUGGCUAUCAAGACAAUUGGAAACAUUGUCCUUGUCACCAUGCUGCUGGACUUCAUGUUUGCCUGUAUUGGAGUCCAACUCUUCAAGGGAAAGUUCUACGCCUGCACAGAUCCUGACAAAAUGACAGAGGAAACUUGCAAAGGUUGGUAUAUAAAGUACCAGGAGGGGGCGCUGCAUGAAAUGGUGGUUCGGAAGAGGGAGUGGAUCAAUUCAGAACUCAACUUUGACAAUAUCCUCAAUGGGAUGCUGGCUCUCUUCACUGUCUCCACGUUCGAGGGAUGGCCGAAGCUUCUAUACAAAGCCAUUGAUUCCAACCUAGAGGACAUGGGCCCAGUGUACAACAAUCGUGUGGCAAUCUCCAUUUUCUUUAUCAUCUACCUCAUCCUCAUUGCCUUCUUCAUGAUGAAUAUAUUUGUGGGAUUUGUCAUCGUCACCUUCCAAGAGCAAGGAGAGCAGGAGUACAAGAACUGUGAGCUCGACAAAAAUCAGAGGCAGUGUGUCCAGUAUGCUCUGAAGGCACGACCUUUGCGUUGUUACAUCCCCAAGAACCCUUAUCAGUACCAAGUGUGGUACAUUGUCACCUCCUGCUACUUUGAGUACCUCAUGUUCCUCCUGAUUAUGCUCAACACCAUGUGUCUGGGGAUGCAGCACUGUAACCAGUCGGACCAUGUCACCCACCUGUCCGACAUGCUGAAUGUGAUUUUCACUGUGCUUUUCACUGUGGAGAUGAUCCUUAAACUCAUGGCCUUCAAAGCCAAGGGUUAUUUUGGAGACCCCUGGAAUGUCUUUGAUUUUGUCAUCGUCAUCGGCAGCGUUGUGGAUGUGACACUGAGUGAGAUCGAUGCAGCACUGGCUUCCUCAGGAGGGCUUUACUGUCUCCACGGCUGCGCUGAAGUGGAUCCCAUGCAGGCGAUUGCGUCCUCAGAGAACAUGAGUGUGUCCAUCACCUUCUUCAGACUCUUUCGUGUCAUGCGUCUGGUAAAACUUCUGAAUCGCUCUGAAGGGAUACGGAAUCUUUUGUGGACCUUCAUCAAGUCCUUCCAGGCUCUACCCUACGUGGCCCUGCUUAUUCUCAUGCUGUUCUUCAUCUAUGCUGUGGUUGGUAUGCAGAUAUUUGGUAAAAUUGCCUUGGUUGAUGGUACAUACAUCAACAGGAACAACAACUUCCAGACAUUUCCACAAGCCGUGUUGCUGUUGUUCAGGUGUGCUACAGGGGAGGCGUGGCAUGAAGUGAUGCUGGCAUGUAUGUAUGGGAAGAGGUGUGACCCAAAGUCUGACUACCUGCCAGGGGAGGAAUACACAUGUGGAGCCAACUUCGCCAUCAUCUACUUCAUGAGCUUUUACAUGCUCUGUGCCUUCUUGAUCAUCAACCUGUUUGUGGCUGUCAUUAUGGACAACUUUGACUACUUGACACGUGAUUGGUCAAUCCUUGGCCCCCAACACCUGGAUGAGUUCAAGAAAAUCUGGGCAGAAUAUGAUCCUGAGGCCACGGGGCGUAUCAAGCACCUUGAUGUUGUGACGCUCCUGCGGAGGAUCCCUCCUCCUCUGGGUUUUGGAAAGUUCUGUCCUCAUCGUAUUGCCUGCAAGAGGCUGGUCUCCAUGAACAUGCCUCUCAACAGUGAUGGGACGGUCACCUUCAACGCCACGCUGUUUGCACUGGUCCGGACUGCACUGAAAAUCAAGACUGAAGGUAAUUUUGAGCAAGCCAAUGAGGAACUGAGGGCCAUCAUCAAGAAGAUAUGGAAGCGCACCAGCAUGAAACUACUGGAUCAAGUUAUCCCACCAAUAGGAGAUGAUGAGGUAACCGUAGGGAAGUUCUAUGCCACCUUCCUGAUCCAGGACUACUUUAGGAAGCUGAAGAAGAGACAGGAGGAAUAUUACGGUUACCGGCCCACCAAGAAGAGCGCCACUAACGAGAUACAGGCGGGAUUGAGGAACAUCGAAGAAGAGGCAGUUCCAGAGCUCCAUAGGGCGAUCUCUGGAGACCUGAUGAAUGAGGAGGAAAUGGACCGAGUCAUGGAUGAAGCUGCUGAUGAGGGCAUCUUCAGGAGGAAAGGUGGUCUGUUUGGGAACGAUGUGGACCCUUUCUCUAUGGAGAACGAGACGGCCAACGCCGGUCAGGCCACCAGCCAGCGCCCCCUGCAGAUGGCAGAGGGAGCAAACAACAAUAACAACGUUAACAUUACCAACAGCAGCACAAGGAACAGCUUUGCCUAUGAGAGCGAGGCCUCCUCACAUGUUCAUCCUGUAACCAUGAGUGGAGCUCCAGAGAAAUGGAGCUCAGCUGACAGGAUGAUCCAGGAGUGUCUUAUUAAUGGUGGUUUGGAAGAUUUGGCCACUGACCCUCGAUUUGUAUCAACAACGAGGAAAGAGCUCGCCGAGGCCAUGAACUUAAACGUUGAUGAGAUGGAGACCACAGCUCAGGAGCUUCUCAGCAGACGCAAAGUGGGGUCCAGUGGAGGAGACCACCGACCCCAUCCACACCCAGCAACCUAA